CCCCGGUAUUAACUCUUAUUUUGAAGUGCAAUAAACCGGAAACCAGUUUCCACCAAACAUGGCGGCGCGGGGUAAAAGCUGUUGGGUUGCUCCGGAGGUAUACAAACACCACGAACAGAAGAAAGUAUGCAUAUCUCGGGCAAAAUAUCGAGAAGGGAGGAAAGCCAGGGCUGUUAAGGUGUACACCAUUAAUUUAGAGUCGUGUUACGUCAUGGUGCAAGGGGUCCCUCCCAUUGGAGUCAUGACGGAGCUGAUCCAGCUGUGUGCGCUGUACGGAACUGUGCAAGAGUACAGACCGUUGGAUGAGUACCCUGCUGAGGAGUUCACGGAGGUCUACCUUGUCAAGUUCCAGAGGAUCACUAGUGCCAGGGCAGCCAAACGACACAUGGAUGAGAAGAGUUUUUACGGAGGUGUGCUGCAUGUUUGCUAUGUACCCGAGUAUGAGACCGUGGAGGACACCAGGAUGAAGCUGCAGGACCGGAGGAGAUACAUCAUGUGGGCUGCUCGAAGUAAAGUCCAAGAGAGGGAGCUGGAAGAGGCAUCAAACAAGGAGUCAACAUCAAAGACAUCAACAGAAACCACUCUGGAGAUCCCUCCUUCACAUAAUGAUUUGAAUGACCGGGACAAUGAAGGAGAAAGUUCCAACUUUGAACAUCAUUUUGGCUUUCCUUUACUGCCGCUCCCGCCUCAGGAACAUCCCUUGUCGAAUUGUAACCAUCACGUACCAACAGAGGACAAAAUGGGGACACUGCCCAACGCCAUCAUGGACGCUAAAGAAAAGACAGCGUCGAGCUCACAUAAAUCUCUUGUUGCGGAGGACAGACUGACCUCGAGUAAAAUGUGUCCAGCCAAGUUUGUACCGAGGACAACAAACUUGGAGAGCAGAAAACGUAGGAUGGAAGGUGUUGUGUCACAUGUGCUGUCUGAUGUCAUGUCAGGAAAAAAUGAGGCACUCAUUGGCCCAAAAUUAGAAGACACUCCUAUAGAGGACAUGGAGGACAACUCGCUGAACACGACUGUCAACUUGAUCAGGAACACAAUGAAGCAGGCGGGGUCUGUUCCUUAUCUUGGACCAGUGGGAAAAAAGAAGAAACCACGUCGGAGGAUUUGAUCGGGUUACCUUGCUGACAACCAUUUCCUAUUUUAUUUGAUGACACAUCUACUAAUUAGAUGAUAUUUGUACACUUUUUUAUGAUCAAUAUGGAGAAGGAGUAGAUCUGCUUUUUCAUACUCUUAUUCAGACAUACUAUUUUUUGUAAAGGCAGACCUGCUAAUGUUUUGUAAGCAGUUUUGUUACAUUUCGCCGGUUUCAAGUUCAAUUUCUGAAAGCUGGAUUCAAUCAAUUAAUCAUUGUUUAUUUAUAUAGCCCUAAAUCACAAGUGUCUCAAAGGGCUGCACAAGCCACAACGACAUCCUCGGUUCAGUGCCAACAUAAGGGCAAGGAAAAACUCACAACCCAGUGGGAUGUCAAUGUGAAUGACUAUGAGAGUUGAAAUGCUCAAACGAGGCUUAAAAAGAGGGCCUAAAAUAGAAUCUUGAGAAACACCACUAGUAUAACUAAAGAAGUUGAACAAAUGACUACUGACUAUCUGAAGUAAACAAGUUACUGCAACACCUUAGUUUAUAAGUCACAUUAGAAAACUGCCAAAAAGGACUUAAAGGGGGCUUUGAGGAAAGGCUCGGUUGUGUAAAUUAAAAUUUGGACCCCAGUGUUGUAGUGUAGGUUAAACCGUUAAUGCAAGGUUCAAGUUCCUCUAUACAACAGGAGCAUAAGUGUUUUUAGGAAUUUGUCGCAAAAAUUGUUGUCUCACAAGUUUUGAACUGAAACAGGGUGGGGGUUUGCGGAUUUGGGACAUGUGUUGGAUUUUUAGCGCUGCCAAAAAGGCUUUGAUAAAGCUUGUAGAACAUUAUUUCCUGUGUAUAAUGUACAACCCACCUUCAAGAAUGCCUUCUCCAAUUUUGGAUGAGCAUUUGCAAUAAAAUUGGUUUAACUUUGUUUGUUAAAAAAAUGAAAAUGAAUUGUUUGGUUAUUUCCCGCAGUUUUAACACUAAAUUCCUCUCUUUAAUUACAAUAAAUUAGGGAAGCUAACAAGCUAAACAAACACAGUUUGUUUUAAAGCAUUUUGCCAAUAUCAAAGAAUACAUAUAUUACAAAGCGGCCCUUGUGUGUAGGGGUGGAGUGUCCUAUAACAUCUUCAAGGAUGGCAGGUCUAUAACUUACAGUGGCACAGCAACGUCCUAAACUCACACAAACCCCCAAAACGCAUGCAAUACAGAAAAUCAACGGAAAGAUGAUACGACCAGAAGUUAACUAUAAAGGGCCAAAUGGGUCAACAUUUAAUAAAUAGAUAUUCAAAUAUUUACUUAAAUAGAUCAAUUAUUAGUGGAAUUAGAGGCAAAUAUAUUUAAUGUAAAAUUACACUUAAUCAUUUACAAAUCAAUUAUUGAUUUUAUUAUUUCAUGAUUGAUUUCAUUAUUGAUUUAUUUUUUCGUAAUCUAAUGGUUUAGUUAACACAUUUAAGUCAUUAUUGUAAUAUGUAUUUAUUUAACUUGGACCUUUAUGCUAUUAGGACCCUACCAAUGGUGCCAAGUCUGAAAGGGACAGUGUAUCCAGAAAGUAUCCACAGAGUUUCACUUUUUUCAUAUUGUGUUAUGUUACAGCCUUAUUCCAGAAUGGAACACUACCCUAUGAUGGCAAUGUUAAAA